AUGUCUCGUCCUCAAACUCCAACGCACGAUGUGUACAACGACCCUGACGCCUACGAGCUGCAAAUUGCUAUUGACCAGCUAGCGGCUGGGUCAUCGGAAGCACUGCGACUAUACCUAGCCCGCAAAAACGGAAUCGAUCCCGCUACGGCAUCACUGAGUUCAUCGCCGUUCGCAGUGAGCGACGAUCCGAACGUCACGUACGCAUACGCCGGAAAACUGGACAAUACCCAGGCGCCAGGAGAUGAGCAAAUACACGACCCCAGCGCAGAGUCAAAUAAACCGGAUGUCAUGUUCGAGGACACAGAGAUACCUUUUGAAUAUGAGCCGUUAGACCCUGAGCUUCGACGAAUUCGCCUUCUGAGACUGGGUGCCGCUGAGGAGGAUGGCAUUAUACGCGAAUUGCGGGUCGAAACCUUUUACCUGGAUGAUGCUCCCCCUUAUUUUUGUCUCUCGUAUGUUUGGGGAACCCCCGAGCGAUUUCUCGCGGUGAACUGCAACGGGAAGAUGAUCUCUGUAACGCAGAAUCUCUACCAUGCGCUACGAACUUGCCUCAACAGGCACCCCACCACGUGGUUCUGGGCCGAUGGUAUUUGCAUCAAUCAGGACAACAUUGUAGAACGAAGUCAACAGGUUCUGCUGAUGGGAAAUAUCUAUAAAGGUGCAAAGCUGGUUCUUGCUCACCCUGGUCACUACCAAUAUGAGCGCCGCAAGCCAGAAGACGUUAACAACAGGGAGGAAACCACGUUGGAAGACCGUAUGGGAGGUCUGGGAGUUCAGGACAUGAUGAGCUUCGGCAUGGAUGACUCAGUCAAAGAUGAAGUCACGGCAGAGUCUGAGAAACCAUAUGGGCUAUCGGACUUCACCCUGGAGCCUGUGGAUGAUGCCUACAGCACCGAAAGUGUCCAAGGUGCCAUCAGUAUCAUGACAUUCAUGACUCGCAUCUGGGAAGACCAACGCCGAGACAGCAUCAUGUCGGACAUAGAAUGGGACAAGGUCGGUCUCCCAGAUACGGACACGGAAGAGGGCCGGGAGACGUGGAACAAGUUGGUUCGUUUCUGGGUGACUGAUUGGUACUUCCGCACAUGGAUCCUGCAGGAGGUCAUUCUGGCACCAAAGGUUGUCGUGCUAUACGGUACAGCAGCGAUCAGCCUGGAAGCAAUCACGGAUUUCUGGGACCUUGCGAGAAUUCAUGGCCUUCCAAGGCCACUUCGGAUCGGCAUGUAUGCUGAAGUUUUCAGUAUGAUCAUGCAUUUGAGUCCCGUAAGCUCCUUCAAGUUGCUACGAGACCGCAGGCAAGGAUUCGAGACAUCUCAAACAGUUGACGAUACUGAAAUUGUGGAGGAUGAGCCUGUGGAAAGUGGCUCUCCUCUCAAUCUCCUUGAGUUGCUUUGUCUGACGAGGAAUAACCUGGCGACGGAUGCGAGAGACAAAGUGUAUGGACUUCUUGGACUCACUGACGACCCUGUCGCUCAGUCCAUUGUUCCCGACUACUCGUCAAACAAUACGCCAGACAGAGUCUUCACUGAGGUGGCGAGACUUAUGAUCGAAGCUGGUCGCGGCAUUGACCUUCUACACCACGCCGGCAUCAAUCAAGGUGUCCCAAACCUUCCUUCCUGGGUGCCUGAUUGGACAGUUCAGUCGCGUUCGACUUUAUCGACUCAGCUGUAUCACUGCAUGCCCAACACGUCUCCCAUGAUAUCAAUAUCGGCCCCGGGAGAAGCUCCAAGACUGACUCUACGAGGCAUGAUUCUAGAUCGAGUCAAUUUCGUGGGGCCAUCUUGGAAAUAUUACACCCAUAAUCAGACUGAUCACAUGUUCAACAUUUUCGAGAGCGCUCCAGAUCUCGAAAUUCCAGCGUUCAAUGACGAAGAUUCUCGAAACUUCAUCCUUACCUUUGCGACUAUUGCGGCUCAAGACGACCUCGAAGAGCGAUAUAUCGACGAGGCUCUUGAUGACGCGCUUGUGAGAACCCUAGCGAUGGAUCGAUCAUGGCGGGGCGAAAGAAUUGGACCAAGAGAUAAAGAAGAGAAUGCAGGGACAGAAGACGCCAAGUUUGUUGUCACCGGAAAGGAAGGCAAUAAUUCUCCCGAGCUAGUAUCGACAUCAAAAGAAUUCUUCGCAGGUGUGGACGCCUUCCGGCGCUUCUAUGCUCAAGGACCGAAUGAAGAGAAUGACGAGUACGCGCCAGGUAUUCGCGUGCACCAGACGGCGAUAUUCAAAUGGCUGCUUGAUUUUGACGUCGACGUCGAAGCAGACCUCCAGAAACACAUGGUCCCCUUCACUGUCCCUUUUCAAGAAGCUCAACGAGGGCGACGAUUUGCGAUGAUCGGUACAAGGGAUGACAAAAAUGCAGAAGAUAUUGCAAAAGAUGCGGUCAUCUUGGAAGAGAAUCCCAGUAGGGCGGUAUACAAGACAAAAUCUCUGGACCAUCAUUACAUGGGCACUGUUCCGUGGAAUGCCCAGGUUGAGGAUUACGUGGUACUCCUUGAGGGUUUGAGGACACCAUUCGUCUUGCGAAAAAUCCUCAAUGAUAUUGAGUCAGGCAGUGCAGACGAGUUCCAGAUCAUCGGCGAUUGCUAUGUGCACGGUAUCAUGGAUGGCGAGCUUCUGAAGCCAAUUGACAGUCUCAAAGGGAGGUUGAAGGCUGAGCAAGUCGGAGUUGACGCCAAGGGAGAAGAGUAUGCUGUGGAGGGCCUUGAAGGCUACCUACCCUUUCAAGACUUUGUCAUUGUGUAG